AUGGUGGAGAGUCAAUCUAGUUCGUAUUUUACUAACAGGAUUUAUGAGAGUACUAAGGAAUCAUAUACCACUUUCCACGCCAAGCUAACAGCAGGGUAUCAAGAAUUAUCCGAGAAAAACAUUGAAUCUAAGACCGACCUGAACGCUUCAAGUGCAAGCACAUUAACAACCGUUAACAGAGAACAAGCAGAGACGGCUGCUAAAGGCGAUGCGCCAGGAACCGUCGCCGAGGUAGGAGGAAACAUAUUUGGGAAACAGCAGAGGGGAACCGAAAGUAAGAUGGACGAGAUGAUGCGUAAACAACAGGCUAACAUAAAAGCCUUCGCGCGGACCGUGAAUAACAUUCAGAUUGACCUAUUAACAGAGAAAUGGGAGCUAGAGGAUACUCUCAAAACAUUGGAGGCUCGUUGGUCGGCUAUCGACAAUUUACACUGGGAAAUGGAAAGCGAGGGUUCCCUAUGUGAUUCGGCAUUAACAAAUAUGGAUACAACAAGCAUGAUGUACCAUAACAUCAGCCACCUCUACAUGCGGCCUACCACGACAACGGUCUUAGACAUCGUCCGCAACGUUACAGGGAACGUUACGCGGAACGUUGCGAGCAACGCGUACGAAUGGCGUUUCAUACUGCCACCAUACAUUCUCAUAUUCACGCUGUCGAUAUCUGGGAACUGCAUGGUGAUCGCAACGUUGACUAAUAAUAAGAGGAUGAGGACCGUCACUAACGUUUAUUUGCUCAAUUUGGCGAUAUCAGACUUCUUGUUGGGAGUCUUCUGCGUGCCUUUCACGCUAGUCGGACAGAUCUACCGGAGGUUCCUCUUCGGGCCAGCUAUGUGCAAGAUUAUACCAUUUCUUCAAGCCGUCUCCGUGUCAGUGGACGUCUGGACGCUAGUAGCGAUAUCCCUGGAGCGAUACUUCGCGAUCUGCCGCCCGCUCAAGUCCCGGAAGUGGCAGACCCAGUGCCACGCCUAUAAGAUGAUCGCUAUGGUCUGGCUGCUAUCCAUCACGCUCAACCUGCCCAUACUCAUCAUGUCCACACUACAGCCGAUGAGAGGAAACGCCUACAAAUGCCGGGAAGUCUGGCCAAGUCUGAAGCUGGAGAGGGCAUUCAACUUGGGGCUGGACGCGGCGCUGCUCCUCAUUCCUAUCAUCGUGAUGGUGAUCGCCUACUCCCUCAUCGUCACCAAGCUGUGGAGGGGCAUGCAGCACGAGAUCAAGCACAACUUCAGAUUGCAGCGUGUUUUAAAUCGACACGACUCCUGCAAAUACACUCAGUUAUUAGCGCCUACUUGAAUAUUGAACGCAAAUUCAACUGAAAUCUGCUGCAAAACCUGGACGAAGAAAAAAAAGCCUGACCAGAAAUUAAAAACCGAAUCGAAAUCGAAUCACGCGACAUGCUUUCAUACACUGGAUCUGGACUUUAGACACGCCGUCCGGUCUACGCACACUGAGAAAAGCAUUGAGGCGAAAAGAAAAGUAAUAAGAAUGCUUUUCGUCAUAAUAUUGGAGUUCUUUGUCUGCUGGACACCACUUCAUGUAGUGAAUACGAUCUACUUGUUUUACCCAGACGAGUUAUACAAGUACGUUGGCUCGAAAGGCAUCAUAUCGCUACAGCUUCUGGCGUUCUGUUCGUCGUUCAGUAAUCCAAUAACGUACUGCUUCAUGAACCGCCGGUUCCGACAGGCCUUCAUCUGUCUUAUCAAGAACUGCAGACUGUUUAGGAACUGCUUCGACGAAAAGCCGCAGUGCAAACAAGCGACGCCUCCGCCCUCCAGCCAGGAAGUCACGGCUUGCGUGGUUCGGGGCAGUCAGACUGGUCGCUCAGCAUUUGUUACAGAGCUGGAUGGACAGGAGGGGGAGGAAUGUGUUUAGCAGCGGCUCGGUGGCCAAUUCUUCCAGCGGCAACCAUCCCGCGCUGCCAGCGCCCGCCGUCAUAAGGCCCAUCACACAGGUAAUAGAAACAGGAGUAGAAGGCAGCCAGUUCCUGUAUCGUAUCACCUGGGCUCGCAACGGUCUGGCAAAGUGCGAGAGCC